AGGGUAUAAAAUGCCCCAAAUCGUCUCCGCCCAAAAGAAAUAUAAUUUUCCCCUUUCACAUAAUUGAACGUUGAACUUCUGAAAAUUCUUCAAAGCUCCAACAUAUCCAGACAUCCGCAAUCCCUUGACUCCAUCUUCUUUUUUAUCGGGUGAAUAAUGGCGACGUUUGAACUUUACCGGAGGUCAACGAUCGGGAUGUGUUUGACGGAGACUUUAGAUGAGAUGGUUUCAAGCAGUACUCUAAGCCCUGAGCUCGCUAUUCAGGUUCUCGUCCAGUUCGAUAAGUCUAUGACUGAAGCCUUAGAAAGUCAAGUGAAGAGCAAGGUUUCCAUUAAGGGACAUCUGCACACCUAUAGAUUCUGCGACAAUGUUUGGACUUUCAUCUUACAGGAUGCUUUGUUUAAGAACGAAGAUUCUCAGGAAAAUGUUGGUCGAGUCAAAAUAGUAGCAUGCGACUCAAAGCUGCUCUCGCAAUGAAAUGCCAAAUCAGUGUUGGGUAUGAUGAUGGUUUAAGGGGACUGUUGACUGAAGAUUGGACGAUAUAUAUAUAUUACAUAUAUGUUAAUUGUAAGCCAUCAACCUUUAUGGAUGAAUUUUUCUUUCUUCAUUUUAUUUUUCUUCAUGAUAACAUUAUGGAGGUGAAAUUUUUUAGAACAAAACGAUGAAACCUAUUUAUAUAUGACAAGAAUGGUUUGUAUCUAAGUUAU